AUGUUUUUCAGCGCAACUUGCCGAAGUACCUAUGGACUUGCAGACAAGGCGCCGAUACUUCCGACUGCCGAAACCGUCGCCCAGUGUUCUUCUGACUACGCAGACAUUUCGCCUCUUACCGGAGGAAAUGUCGCCUUUUCGACGUUGGAAGGUCGUCCCAGUGCCCAUCGUUUCGAAAGUUCACCUGUUUUGCAGGAAUGGGUGACAGCUUCGGAAAUUAUGGUUUCAUUGAAUCGACUGAACACGUUCGGUGACGAGGUAUUUCGAGACGACGGUGUCCUGCGUUCGUACUACUACGCAAUUGCGGAUUUCGCUGUUGGUGGAAGGUGCAAGUGCAACGGCCACGCUGGUUCUUGCGUGAAAACGAAAGCCGGUGGCGAGGAACGACUGUUUUGCCAGUGCGAGCACAACACACAAGGUGAAGACUGCCACGAAUGCCUGACGUUCUACAACGACAUGCCGUGGAAGGCGGCUACAGCCGAGGACGGCAAUGAAUGCAAACGUUCAGCUAGUUUACAAUGCGCGUCAGACGGUCGGUGCAUCUGCAAGCCAGGAGUUGGUGGCAUAUACUGCGACCAAUGUCUUCCCGGAUAUUAUGAGUUUUCGCAUCAGGGAUGCAGACAUUGCGGUUGUGUGGAAGCCGGUUCGUUGAGCAACAAACCGAAUUGUCGAUCGGACACGGGUGACUGUUCAUGCAAGAAGAACGUUGAAGGACGGCGAUGCGAUCGGUGCAAACCGGGCUUUUUUAACCUGGACAUGGAGAACGAAUUCGGCUGUUCGCCUUGCUUUUGCUACGGUCACACCUCAGUGUGUGACUUUGCCCCCGGCUUCUACGAGUUCAACAUUUCAUCUGACUUCACCAGAGGCAAAGAUGGCUGGACGGCAGUUCGUUAUGGUGGUAACAGCGAGGAGUUACAGUACAAUGUGCAAGAUGGUAACAUCAUGGUUCGCGAAGUUGACGGUCCAACGUAUUUCGUCGCCUCAGACAAGUUUGUCGGAAAUCAGCGCUCUUCGUACGACCAACAUCUGAUCUUCAAGUUGAAGGUGACCGAAUUGAACGCGCGAGCAUCCAUCCGUGACGUGGUGAUCGAGGGCGGCAACGGUCAGUUGAUUUCCCUACCCAUAUUCGCGCAGAACAAUCCGGUCCCGGCUAAUUAUGAGCAGACGUAUACAUAUCGACUUCACGAAGACCCGAGGUUCCAGUGGACGCCUAGCUUAUCGACCAUGGAAUUUUUGACCGUGUUGUCAAACCUUAGCGCCAUAAAAAUCAGGGGCACGUUCGUCAGUGGCGAUGUUGGCAUGUUGGACAGCGUUGUGUUGGUGUCUGCCAGCAACACCGAAUCCAACAGCCCGCAGGCUAAGCCAGCAAAGUGGGUUGAAUCGUGCCAGUGUCCCGACGGCUUCGUCGGCCAGUUCUGCGAGUCGUGCGCUCCGGGCUUUCGCAGGGAGCCACAAUACGGCGGUCCAUUUGGCCGUUGCAUCAAGUGUCAGUGUCACAAUCACGCUACGCUGUGCGACGCUGAAUCAGGAAGAUGUAUCUGCGAACAUAACACGGCUGGAAACAACUGCGAACGCUGUGCUCGUGGAUUUUACGGCAACGCUUUGAACGGGUCAGCCGAAGACUGCCGCGUUUGUCCAUGCCCGAAUAACGGUCCGUGUAUACUACACACCGACGGUGACAUCAUUUGCAUCGACUGUCCUAACGGAUACGGCGGGCGGCGCUGCGACGCAUGCGCGGACGGCUUUUUUGGUGAUCCUAUUUCGAACCUGAGUUGUCAGCUGUGUGAAUGCAGCGGAAACAUUGAUCAGAAUUCGGUUGGCAACUGCGACAGGUUGACUGGCGAAUGCAAGAAAUGUGUCUACAAUACUUAUGGUUUUCACUGCGAGAAGUGCCUUCCCGGAUUUUACGGCGACGCCCUGCUUGAGCCUAAGGGAGACUGUAAACCGUGCAAGUGUUUCCCACCAGGUACUCAAAAGACGGUCGACAGCGGUGCCGCGAUCGCUGAGUGCGAGCAGAGUAGCGGUCAGUGCUCUUGCUUAAAGCACGUCGUCGGUCUUCGGUGUGACAGGUGUGAACCAGGUUAUUUCAAUAUCUCAUCAGGCAACGGCUGCCAAAUGUGUAACUGCGACCCGCUUGGCUCAACCAACACUACCUGCGAUGUAAUGACGGGUCAGUGUAUUUGCAAACCGGGGGUAGUGGGCUUACGUUGUGACCAGUGCGCUCCGCGCCAUUUUGGGUUCAGCCCCAAAGGAUGUGAUUCCUGUCAGUGUUUCCCCACAGGGUCCACUGACUUGCAGUGCGACGUGGCCACUGGUCAGUGUACAUGUCGGCCGAACGUCGAAGGCCGGCAGUGCGAUCGAUGCGAGGAAAACAUGUAUAAUCUACAGGCGGGCUGUAUCGAAUGUCCGCCUUGUUACAAACUGAUCCAGAAGCACGCUCACGAACACCGUGCAGAGCUGAAACGGCUAAGAUCUUUGCUGAACGAAUUGGUCGAAAACCCCCUAGUCGUAAAUGACACUAAUUUUGACAGUAAACUGAAGUUUCUCAAGGAACUUAUGGUUCGGCUCGAAGCAGACGUCAAGGAAAAGUUAACUGACAGUCCGAUGAUGCAACAACUACCGGAACUGCGAGCUGAUAUCGCCACCGCCAAUGAGACUCUGUCAUCCGUCGUGCAGAUGUUGGCCGAGUUAAACAAGACGCUGGAAAGCUCGAAGCAGACGAUGUUGAAUUGGGAAAAUAUCAAAGAGAUGGCGUACACGAAGUUCGUCAGCGUAAAAAGCUACCUGGAAAAUCAGGCCCUGGAAGCGUGGACUGCCGCCAAGGAGGCCUCUGAGCAUUUUGGUCGGCAGAGCGAGGAGUUGACCAAACUGGCUGAGCAUGCGAGGAAUCUGGCUGAGAAACAAAAGAACGAGUCAUUGCUGGUGGAGGAAAACGCGAUGAAAGCGUUGAAUAUUUCGAAGGCCGCACUACAGAAGGCCAAAGAAGCGAUAUACGGCGCGGAAGUGACCAGCAGCGAAAUCGGCCGUCUAGAGAAGAGAUACAUGAGUGCUGAGAAGCUGUACAAUCAGACGGCGCAGAUGGCUCUUGAACAGUCAGAUCGCAGCAACUCUGUCUAUCAGAAAUCAGCUGAGAUUCUAAAUAAGGUGGACUCGCUGGAGUUGCCCUCGAUCGACGUCUCCAACGUCAAGAAAAAAGCCGAGUUGAUAUCAGGAGAAGCAAAGGCGGUGAAGGAAGAGGCCCAAAAGUUGGCCGCUGACAACAAACCGAUGACGAACGAAAUCGCUCGUUUCAACGAGGAUAUGGAAAGCGAGUUGGAAAAGGCUGAGCAACAGCAGCAGAUCGCCGACGGUCUUUUAGCGGAGAUCGACAGCGCCAGGGCGAAGGCAAGCAGGGCCGUUCAGUUGGCCGACUCUACGCUGAAGGAGGCUAACAACACGCUUCACACCCUCGAAGGUAUGUUUCGUUUUGUGUUUGGUCGAAAUCCAGGAGUUGGUGCCAAAUUUUCUCGCCGUGAUUUUGGUCGUCAUCGCGUGGUUUUCAUUUAG